AUGGCGAUGAGGCAGCCACGCUGCUCCAUCUUUCCUCGAUGGCGGAUCUGGCGACAGAGGCAGCAGGGCAUGGGCGGAGAAGAAUUGCCUGCCGGUGAAGAAGCACAUCUCACGGGAGGUGGUCUCGCGGCCAUGGAGGAGGAGCGACCCGACGUUGUGUGGCCAUGGUGGGGGAGAAGGGAGCCGGCGGUGCGCCAGAUUCGACAGAAGAUGGGGAUGGGGAACGAGAGAGAGGGGGACUGA